UCUAAUGUUAGUCUACUAUUAAUAAUAUAAUACAUGGUAACUGGUAACUAAUAAUGUUAAUUAAAAUAACGGAUUUUUCACCAAAUGCCCCUGAGGUUUACUUUAAUGCACCAAAUACCCCUAAACUUUCCAAAAUGCACCAAACACCCCUGACGUAUGCAAUAAUAUCAUUAAAUGCCCUUUUGUCUGACGGACGUUAACCCUCCGUUACCAUGUUUUUACCUUGUUGCCCUUACUUGUCCUUUCUGGCGCCAUAUCAAAAAAGAAAAAAAAAAAAAAAACAAAUUCAAAACCUAACUUCCCAACUUCUUCCUCGACAUUUCUCUCUGUUCUCUUACACCAUUAGAGAGCACUUGAGUACCAAACCAAAGAGAGAGAAAGAUCGAAAUUUGCUGGGAUUUGUGUAAAACAACUCGCAAUAGUUAGUCGAAGUAAAUCCCCACGAAAAGAUCGACAAUUUGGUCCAAAAAUCUGCAGUUUUCGCGAGUCCUACAAAAGUGGGUGCAAGGAGAGCAAAGGACUGGAAUUUGUGGCUUCAACUUCAUCAAAAUUGUGUCAAGGAUGGUCGCAAUUUGGUUGUUAUGUCAUUAUAAUGAUCGGAAUUUUGAUGUGAGGGUACAAGAUACUGAUGAAACGAACUACAUGGAUUUGGUUGAUGACUUGUUUGAUGAUUCUAUUAAGCAAGAUGUUCUGAUUCCCGAUUUAUUUAGAUUGUUUUAUGUUAAUCCUAGUACGAAUAAAAGAGUAGAAUUGUUGAAUGAUGCUGGUUUGAUGGGCAUGUGGGGUUUAUUUAAGCCCACAGAUACUGUGGAAAUAUGGAUAGAGAAGGCAAAUGAGAAGGAAACUUCAAUCCAAUUUAGGACUGCAGUUAAGAAAAGGAAGGAUAGGAAGGAAAGGAAGGCUGCAGAACUUAGAAGGAAAGCUGAGGAGUUUGAGAGGGAGAGGGAAGAGGAAAGGAGAAGGUUAGAAAGGGAGGCUGAGAUUCAAAGGGAUUUGGAGGAGCAAUUGGCAAACACAGUGGCAGUUGAGGUGCCUGUGUAUGAUGUUGAGGAUUUAAGCGUAGAGUACGUACGUGUUUACAGCUCACAACAUGCUGACUGCUUUUCCCCGGGAGGUUCCCAACCACCAAAUACACAAAAAGAGCCUUCACCACCACCAAGAGAGCCCUCACCACCACCAAAUAAUCCAUCACCACCACCAAGAAGUCCCUCACCACCACCAAAUAAUCCAUCACCACCAAGAACCUGUAAAGGAGGUUCCACUGCAAAACAGAGGAAAGAAUCUGCUGCAGCUGCUGCUGGUUCUGCUGGUGCAUCAACAUCUGGUGCUAGGAAGAGGAAGGCUCCAACAUCUAAUGCAUCGAGCAGCAAGAAGUCCAAAGCUGCAUAA